GCAACAUUAUAUAUAUACCACACGUUGGUCAGAUUCAAUGUACAUUUUAUGCAAGAUACAGUAGUAUUCUUAUUUCUUACCAUUAUUCUAAGUUCUUAGCUGUUGCAAGGCAACAACUAUGGUGAAAUUUCUUGGGGAGGUGGACUCUCCAAUCUCUAUUGAAGAAGAAGAAGAAGAAGAGAUAAGUUAUGAAGAACUCAAGAAACGUAUGUGGAAAGAUCGCAUGCGCAUGCAAAAGCUUAAAGAGAAGUGUGCCAGCGAAGAACCCGAGUCAGUAGCAAAGGAAGAGGCGUCUCGCAGGAAAAAGAUGUCAAGGGCUCAAGAUUCCAUUCUUAAGUACAUGGUGAAGAUCAUGGAAGUUUGCAAAGCUCAAGGGUUCGUUUAUGGGAUUAUUUCAGAGAAAGGUAAGCCUGUAACUGGCUCGUCUGAUAGUCUGCGUCAGUGGUGGAAAGAAAAAGCCCGAUUCGAUCAAGAAGCUCCUCAGGCCCUUGAAGAAUUCUUGCCAAGUUUAGCUCAAGAUGAAUUCGAUUCUGUUUCUUCCAUGCAUUUACUUCAAGAUUUGCAAGAUUCUACUUUAGGGUCUCUUCUUUCUGCUCUUAUGCAACGGUGUGUUCCUCCACAAAGAAGGUUUCCAUUAGAGAGAGGUUUAGCUCCUCCCUGGUGGCCAACAGGGAAUGAGAUAUGGUGGGGUGAGCAGGGACCCUCACGAGAACAUGGUAUUCCUCCUUAUAAGAAACCUCAUGAUCUCAAAAAAGCUUGGAAGCUUAGUGUUUUGGCUGCAGUAAUCAAGCAUUUGUCUCCUAAUUUCGAUCGAAUGAGACGGCUUGUUACACAAUCAAAGUGUUUGCAAGCUAAGAUGACUGCUAAAGAAAGUGCUACUUGGUCUAAAGUUGUUAAUCAAGAAGAAGCACUUUUGCAGCUUACUGAAAAAUGCCUCAAAAUAGAUGAUCCUGAAAAGGAACAAGGAAGUGGCAGUGACUCACAAAUUAGUGAGAAGAGGAAAUGUGCGUUUGAUCGAGAGGCUUCUAUGGAUAGGCUAUAUGCUUGCCAAAACUUGCAGUGUCCAGAGAGUGAAGUAGGGUUAGGAUUUCUUGAAAAGAAUUCAAGGGCUGAUCAUCAGUUUCAGUGUGCUUAUCGUGCCGAAAGUGAUGUUGACCAAGAAAACACUACUGACAGUAGAAAUCAUGUUGAGUCAUCUGCAGAUGCUCUUCGCUGGUACGAUGAAGUCUUGAUUAGUCCUCCAAUAGACGUGUCAAGUCUGACUGAUUGGCCUAACACAGUGCUAGCAAAAGGUAAUUUUGAAGGUAAAGAAAUUGCUACUACGGAAAAUGAAUAUAUUUCUCGCUACAAAAUGGAAGACUAUCCAAUUUACUGGGGAACUGAAAUUGAAGCUUUAAUACAGCAGGGUGCUUUUGGAUAUCGGAGAGGAAAUAUGGACUACUCAUCACAAGAGAAUUUGCAUGAUCAAGGAACACAAACUUCAAUUUGGGAUUUGGGAAAUGAGUGGAGCGGAACUGGCCAGCCACAGACAAAGAAAUGCUCUUUCUAAUAUGCUUCUGCUAGCGGUUCUUGAAGCAAGGAAAUAGAAAAGCCCAAAAUAUUAGUUUGCAAUAUUGAAUAGGUCAUAAUUUCUAUGUCUCUUUCUCUUUCUCCUCCUUCUUUUAUAUUCUUAGCAUAGGAUUUUAAUGUUUAAGUAUAUCAUGUUGCACUGAAAACCCAUGAAUUACAUCAAUAUACAGAAUACAGUUAGUUA